CUGGUGCCUAGUUAACAGAGCGCCGGAAUGUCAAUCAAAUAAACAAAAAGAAGCGGCGUGAAAAAAAGCGAAAAACUGCAGAGAAAUCAAGCUCUGUAGUAAAUGCAAACUAAAUGUUGUAAAUAUAAAUUAAAUUUGAUUCUAUACAAGUGAUAAACCAACAAAAAACGCCAAGCUGGAGACUCACUUUAUGGCCAAGAUGGGCAAGUGGAUGACCCCCGAAGAGGAGGCACGCCAAAAGUUCAUCAUGCGGGAACGGGAUCGGGAGCGAAAGCGCAUCAAGCGCAUGAAUCCCGAGUAUCGGCAAAUGGAACGAGAGCGGGAUCGAUUUCGCAAACAGACGCCAAGGCCCAGUGUAGUUAUCCCGAUUCAUAUUCUGAUGACACCCGAGGAGGAGGCGCGUCACAAGUUCAUCAUGCGCGAGCGAGAUCGAGAGCGAAAGCGCAUCAAGCGCCUGAAUCCCGAAUAUCGGCGUAUGGAGCGCGAGCGCGAUAGAUUUCGCAAGAAGGCACGACGUGCUAACGUAGCAUUUUUCCAAUAUAUAUUUCUAAAUUAUAUAUAACACACACACACACACACAGACACACAACAUACGCACACGCACAGACACACUCACACGCAGACGCAGACGUCGACAGGAAGUUAGCUUUAAGUAGUUGGAUUGAGCCGGGCUGGGCUGGGCUGGGACAUAGUUGGAUUUAUCAUUAGAUACCAGACGACUGCCGACCUUCAAUACAGAUUACAAUCGCCCCCAGUUGCUUGAGCCAGCCACAUUGUGCUUUAAUAAGUUUUCCCCUGUUUCUA